CCGAUCCGAUGAUGGAUGUCAUGUCAGUUGUUUUAUGUUUGUAGAAAAUAGUGUACUUAAAAUAAAUCUACACGAGUAUUUAUUUUAAAAGAAUGAAUUGUUUGUAAGUAAUACUAAAUUUCAGUUCCGGUUACUUGUAAUGUAGAGGCAGUUCAAUAACAGUCAUGACUCACAUUAACGACUUGAUAGGCGUAUUGAGAGGUCUGCGGUUAGUGGUGGAAGCGGGGGUCAAGGCACAGGCUGAAGCAUCUACCCUAAUAUGGAACACCUCUAGCUUAAAGCCAUUGCUGUCCAACUGCCCCACUAACCCAUUAGCCAUGAACCCCAACCCACCAUCCGCUAAAGAGUUAAUGGAGAGGGCGUUUGUAGUCGCACAUGGCUUUAGACAGUUUGCGGCUAUGCAUGUCCCAAAUGUGAAUGCCUCUACAGCAAGCCCUGAGAUGGAUCAACAGAUGAAAGACGAAAUUGACGAGCUGAACAGGGAGUUCAACAGGACAUUUGAUACUUUGAAAAAAGUUCAGAUAAUGGAAAACCCAGCUGCGGUUUCUGCCAAAACCAAUGAAUUCCGGCAGGAUAAAGUACAGAUAAUGGCACCUAUUGAAGAUUUACAAAAGCAAUUGAAAGAAGACAAAGAAAAGAGGGUUGAUGAUAUUCUUCUGGCUGUUACUUCUGCUGAAUCGGCGGCAGAUGUGCCUAGUCCCAGGCCAAAGAGUCAAGCUGGCCUUGCAUCGCCGACGCCUGUGUCCCAAUCUGUGUCCGCAUCGCCGAAGCCUGUGGCUAAGAAAAAGAUUAGAGUUGCUCUAAGCGAGAAUUCGAAAGCCCGCGUUGUGCCUUCUUCCCGCCUCGGCCGUAUGUUCUCAUUUGGAUCGCUGGCAGCGGGACUUGGGGUAGGGACAGUUGCUCAAUACGCUCGGAACACGUUCCAGCAGGUGACUGGUAACGUUGACGAGUCCGCCAACUCGUUCCUGUCUCCGGCAAACGCGGAGAGGAUCGUCGAUACGCUUUGUAAAGUCAGAGGUGCUGCUCUAAAGCUUGGCCAACUGCUAAGCAUUCAAGAUGACUCGAUGAUAUCUCCAGAGCUGCAGCGUAUUUUCCAACGCGUGCGCCAGUCUGCCGACUUCAUGCCGUCGUGGCAGGUGGAAAAGGUCAUGAGUUCACAACUUGGGCCCGAGUGGAGGUACAGGGUCGCGAGCUUCGAGGACAAGCCAUUUGCUGCUGCCUCUAUUGGUCAAGUCCACCUGGCGGUGCUACACGACGGCAAGGAGGUAGCAGUCAAGGUCCAGUACCCAGGCGUCGCUAAAGGCAUCAACAGCGAUAUCGACAACCUCGUGGGAGUUAUGAAGGUAUGGAACAUGUUUCCCAAAGGGAUGUUCAUAGACAACAUAGUGGAGGUUGCUAAGAAAGAGCUGUCAUGGGAAGUGGACUACAUACGUGAAGCCGAGUGCACCAAGAAGUUCAAGAAACUGCUCGCUCCCUACCCGGAGUACUUCGUGCCUGAUGUUAUUGACGAGUUAUGUGCCCCAGAGGUAAUAACAACUGAACUGAUUGACGGAGUGCCGCUAGACAAACUGUUUGACGCAGCGUACGAAGUUCGCGUUGAUAUAGCCUACAAGAUCAUGCAGUUGUGUCUCCGAGAAAUGUUUGUACUGCGGUGCAUGCAAACUGACCCCAACUGGGCCAAUUUCUUCUACAACCCGACUACUAAACAGGUGAUUCUACUGGACUUCGGAGCCACCCGGGAGUACUCGAAAGAGUUUAUGGACCAGUACAUUGAGAUCAUUCACGCGGCGUCUCUGGGUGACAGGGAUGCUAUACUGCGCAUGUCAAAGGAGAUGAAGUUCCUGACUGGUUAUGAAUCUAAGAUAAUGGAGGAGACGCACGUGGACACGGUGAUGAUCAUGGGCGAGGUGUUCACCGGCGGCGGCGGCGCGUUCGACUUCGGCACGCAGCAGACCACGCGCCGCCUCCACGCGCUCGUGCCCACCAUCCUCGCGCAGCGCCUGUGUCCGCCGCCCGAGGAGAUCUACUCGCUGCACCGCAAGCUGUCCGGCGUCUUCCUGCUCUGCGCCAAGCUCAGGGUCAGGAUGGACUGCACCGCCAUGUUCCAGGAGAUCUACCAGCAGUACAAAACCGACAGCUUCAGAUAGACCUUAGCGUCCGUGGCUCAGGCGUGGUCCCACUUCACCUACACAAUCUUCAACGGCGACUU